AUGGCGGCGCUUAUAGCAGGUGCGAGAAGUCUGAAUGCAUCUGACGAGGAAGCCAGCACUGGUCAGACUUCUCAAACUAAUCUGAUAAACACAAAUCCAUACGAGGACGAGUCACCAGCUCCUCCUUUAUCUGGCUAUAAUGACGAUGGAAGCUUACGAGAACAGCUUUUCGAGUUCAGGGACGCAGUUGAAAGAUGUAAUCGCUUGUGCAACACCUCGUAUGUUUGCAAGUUAAAUGCACAGAAUGGCCUCACCUUGUACAACAGAAAGAACGAGAACACUGUGAGUGAACGAGAGAAGAAGCAAACUUGCUUGGGCCGCUGUGUGGUACUGAUUUCUCAACAAACCUUUGGGGUUAUUGUUGAUCCAAGAUUGUCUGAUAACCUCGGUCCAGACGAAGAAGACAUCAAUGAAGAUUCCGUUAGAAGAAGAGGUGAAUACUUGCACGAUUAUGAGAAUCUGGCUGAGUACUUGGAAGUCAAAGAAAUGAUGGAAGCCGAGCAAUUGGCAAACCCAGUACCAGAUGAGCCGGUUGACGUGUCCCAACAACGACGUCUUGUUCCUUUCGCUGACUGGCUAGAAAUGCGUUCCAUAUCGAAGGAUUGA